AUUAAGUCACCAAAAGCAAAGGUACCCCUCAAAGUUUCUAUAUAUACACAUUUUCUUACAUGUACCAUAACAUCAAUAUUAGCCCCUACAAAUUUUUUUUUUCUUGGUGCUCCUCUAAUGGAGUGGAUUAGAGGACCUGUCAUAGGCCAUGGCGCCACCGCCACCGUAUCGAUAGCUACCGCCAUCCCUUCCGGCGAGCUUUUCGCCGUUAAGUCCACCGAGUUAUGCCACUCAAUGUUCUUACAAAGAGAGAAUUAUUUCUUGUCCAAAUUAAGCUGUCCUCAUAUUGUUAAGUACAUAGGCUAUGAUGUUACAAAUGAAACAAAUAACAAGCGUAUGUACAAUAUUUGCAUGGAGUAUGUCCCCGGCGGCACGCUUUUUGAGGAAAUUCAGAGGGUUGGAGGAAGAUUGGAUGAAGAGAAAGUUAGAUUGUAUAGUCAACAGAUUUUACAAGGCUUGAAUUAUCUUCAUGUUAAUGGAAUGGUACACUGUGACAUCAAGAGCCAAAAUAUUUUGAUAGGUGAAGAAGGUGCAAAGAUUGCUGAUCUUGGUUAUGCUAAAUUGAUGGGAAAAGUUAGUCUUAAUGAAGGUUUUGGCACGUCAGCAUUUUCCGGUACACCGGUUUUCAUGGCACCGGAGGUGGCACGUGGGGAGGAACAGGGUUUUGAAGCUGAUAUAUGGGCUCUUGGAUGUACAAUUAUAGAGAUGAGUACUGGGAAUUCUCCAUGGCCAGAGCUGAAUGAUCCAGUGUCAGCUCUUUAUAAGAUUGGAUUUUCAGGUGAUUUACCUGAGAUUCCAAAGUGGUUAUCUGAGAAAGGUAAGGAUUUUCUGGGAAAGUGUUUAAGGAGAGAUGCAAAAGAGAGAUGGACAGCUAAAGAAUUGCUUCAACAUCCAUUUAUGGAAGAAUUAAACACCCAUUUGAAGGAAGCAAAGGAGUCUGCCAUGAAUUCUCCAAGUUGUGUGUUGGAUAAAGGUUUCUGGGAUUCAUUCGAUGCGGUGGAAAGUCCUAAGAUAUUGAUUCCUGAAGGGAUUCCCUUGAAAUCUCCGACUGACAGGAUCAAGAAAUUGCUCCACGGUUCUCUGUCACCAACUUCCAGUGCUUCCUAUUGGACUUGGAGUGAAGAUUGGAUCACUGUUAGAAGCAGUGGCAUUGAAGAAAACAAGGAAUGUUCUGAUGAAAGCAAUGUCACACUAGCAGAUGAUUUUUCAUUUCCGACUAUAUCUUUCUUUGAUUCUUUUGAAGAAGAACUUGAAAUUGAAAGCUCAAUCUUAGACGAGGAUUUCUUCUCAGAAAAUUCUAUAGAAAAUAUUACUGAUUUUAGCAGUAUUUCAGCAUUUGACAGUGUAACAGAUGAUAUUUCUGUAUUAGACAAUCUCAAUUUUGAGACAGUUAAUGAAAAUUCUUGUUCUAUUCCAAUCCCAUCUUUCAUAAUUGAAUCAUAUUCCUAUUUUACGUGUUAAUUUCUCCAAAAUUUUCUUACUUCCAAGGGUGAGGCAGAGAUGACCGGCCUCUACUGAAUCAUCAGCCUCUAUUCUUUGUGUGAAAAGAGGAGACUUGAAGGCUUUAGUUAGAUAGAUAUAAGAAGGCUUUAGGUACCUACCGAAUCAUCAGUUGAAUGAAGUUUGUCUUGUUUUAAUAGUUCAAAACAUUGGACCG